AUGGAGGCAUUUAUGAACGCCGGUGUGAUUCCAAUCCCAUCGAAAAUGGACGAAGAAAAGAAUUUACAUGCGGCAAUCAGUGCUAUAGCCAAUGAUCUAGCCCCGAGUUUUACCGAACUGGAAAGCGAAACUGAAAUAGAAGAUAAACGCCUAAUCAAUGCCCUACGUCAAAUGGCUCCGUAUCCAACACUUGUAGAACUACAAUCAACGAUUGUUAAACAAAACGCAAAUGAAGCUACAACGACGAUGGAACCUCCCUCGAUUGAACGAUUGCAACUAUUUCUUGCACAACGUACAACUACCAUCAAAGAAUUGAAGAAACUUCGAGCUAGUAUGUCUAAACAUAUUCGAAAUUGUAAGAUAUCGAAUACAUUUGGCAACUCUGCAUCUGUUGUCGGCGGUACUCUAUGUUUUUUCUUUCCGACUAUCGGCGUUCCCCUUGUACUUGCUGGCAGUGCUACAAGCCUUGGUACAGCUAUUGCUGGAAGUAUGAUUGAAAAACGUCUUCAAAAGAAAUACACUCACUUAUUGAACGAAGACUCAUUGGCGAUGCAAAUGUGCGAAACAAAUCUGAAAGAUAUCACUACCUGGCUGAUCACUGUUUAUUCAUUUGGACAAUCUGUGACACGAGCUGGAGUUGAUCUGUUCCAACUAGCUGACUCCAUUCAAGCAGCAUCGACACUCACCGCAUGGUCAGAAAUCAUCGCUCAACUACCAUCGUUAAGUAAUGCGCUGGCAACAGGAGCAAAAACUAUUAGCACAGUUAGCGGACAAAUUCUCGGCAUAUCAGUCAUUAUAUCUGUAGCUGAUCUAAUUCAUACAUGGAUAUCAAAAAAUGCAACAUUAGAAAGUAUUGAUAAAGACAUCGUAUUAUUGGAACAACAAUUAAACGAACUGAAACACAUCGCUGCAGUAUAUCCUGUCUAA